GGCUGAGCUGGCUCGAAUGGGAACAUGCUGACAAUUGACAUAUGGGAAUUUGGUUAUCGCAUAUCUCCGGCAACGAUAAGGUGGCCGCAUCAGUUCCCGGAACAACUUGAUUGUAUGUCACAAUUUCGCUUACUCCCACCAUAUGAGUGUGAAAUUCGCCAGUCUAUAAUAUAUCAUAGCAAUGACCGAUAACAGAUGAUUCAUUUAUCCCCCUGCUUAUCCAGUGAAUAGCCUGGGUCGUAGAUCGGCAGUGGUUCAAGCCCAUCUGGCUAGCCGCGCAGUAGGUCGAAACCGGCUACCGUAAUAAUCUUCACGCCUUCAAUCUCGGGACCUGACUUACGGAGCACUUUUCUCAUUCUCAGUCAAGACUACAACCACUACGUGGCGCGCUUAUCUCUAUCAAUUGACAUUGAAAAGUAGAGGAAGAAGAGUAAUGGACUAAUUACUUUGGAUAUCUCCUUAGCAGCCGCCAUAUCCCCCAUCCCCCUUCCCUUUGAACCGCUCCUGCGGAUUCACACGUGCACGAAGAAAACAACACUCCAACACAACGACUCUCACAGACACCGUCUCCAAGAUGACGGAACCACCAGCGAAACGUGCUCGCCGAGUCGAUAGCUCAGCUAUGUGGGACCAAGAUGACCGGAGGACACGUUCACCCGAAUUAGAACCAGAUUAUACCAGAAGCCCUCGACGGGACCAUGUUGCGAAAGAUGAUGGACGACGCGAUGGACCUCGUGAUGAUCGGAGAUACCGUUCUCGCUCCAGGGACCGGAGAGACAGGAGGCGAGAUAGAAGCCGGUCGAGGGAUCGCCGCGACCGCGACCGCAGAGACAGAGACGGACGGGGAAUGAGGGAUAGGGAAAGAAGUGUCAGUCGGGAUAGGCACUAUGAUAGACGCGGCUAUCCUUCAAAAGGGGACAGGUACAGGUCGCGAUCACCUAUUCCGAACGGCAACAGGGACCGGUCGCGGACGCCGCCACCUCGCGGACCCCGGAGCGACCGCAGGCACGACCGCAGGGACCAUAGAGGACAGACAAACGGUGCUACGGAUGCGAAGUCAGGAGGGAACCGGUUCAAAGACGAAAUGGAGGUGGACAGUGACGGAGCUGUUGGAGAAGACGAUGUCGAGGAAAUGAUGCGCCGCAGCAUGGGAUUCACGAAAUUCAGGAGCACGAAGAAUACCAAGGUCCCCGGGAACGACAUUUACGGAGUCCGCAAGGAGAAGAAGACGGAGUACAGACAGUACAUGAAUCGUGUCGGAGGAUUCAACAGACCUCUCAGUCCCUCGAGGUGACCAAGGCCUUCUGUCUCCCGGCUACCUUCAAGAUAUUAUCGGUCGCCUCUUGCUCACAUCCUCAACUUUGCACUUUCGACUUAUUCCACACUUCUAAAUGUUCUUUCUCUGUUGGGGCGAUAUCAGUUUUCAUGCAUGGCUGGAGUCAAGAUCUAUGGAGGGAUUUUUCUUUUGUUGUCGCUCGACUUUUUUCAAGCAAAUAAGAUACCUUUCAAAGCCUGUCUAUACCCUUGCAUUGGUUCUUAGUAGAUCGAAUCAAGGCAGAUGUAAUAUAAUUAAGACUUAUCAGGACGCUCGGCACAUGACCUCUGUGACGUAUGCCCCUCUUUUAAAAGGC